AUAGCCAGGCACGUACCUCAUUUCCCCCAAGGGUCCUCAUAUAUAUAUUUUUUCAACGCGACACACACAAAAAAAAAAUAUCACGCCGUGACUUCCUGUCAUUACUCCGCGCAAAGAGCUGCGGGGUUAGAAAAACUAAUCGCCCACUAAAAAUACUUGGAGCCCAGGGCCCGCGCCGGGGCUUUUUCCUGCGCCGUUUCCAGGGUACGCGUGGGCCGUUGAGGAAAGAGGAAACGAGCCGCUCCGAUCGCACGGGGGCUUCCUGCGCGACAUUAUAAAGAGUCCCCUCCCUGCGAGACUCCCCCUGCAGUCUCACCCAGAAGCCAGCGGAGGCCGUCGCUAUCCUUUACCGGAGACGUCUUGAGAUCAACGGCGAGGAGCUUGACGUCGCCGAGGGGCACUUUAGUUCUCGUCCCUGCUGGUCGGGGUACGAGUAGGGAGCUGGUCUCACCUAACAGAUGUGUCUGGGACACUCCAGUCUUUCUAUUUUGUCCAUUACACACAACUGAGCAUGAUGGAGGAGGUGGAAGGACAUGGGGCUGAGGGAUACGUGAAAGAGUUCACCCGUCAUUCCAGCGACGUCCUGCUGAACCUCAAUGAGUUGCGGCACAGGAACUUCCUGACCGAUGCCACCCUGGUGGUCGGCGCCGUCCACUUACGGGCACACUGUGCCGUCCUGGUCGCCUGCAGUGGGUUUUUCUACUCUAUGUACUCACGGCGUGUGCUGCUGCAGGGACGUGAAGGAGGCACGGAGCAGCUGAUGACCGUGUCCCUCCCCAACACACUGGACCCGUCCAGUGUUUCCCUGCUGUUGGAUUUCAUGUACACCUCUCGCCUACCUCUGACCCCGCGCAGCGUCCCCGGGGUGCUGGCUGUGGCCACCUACCUGCAGAUGGACCAUGUGGCCGACACCUGCCGGGCCUUCAUGCAGCUGCAUAGGGAUAAGAUGAGUGCAGCAUUCCUUCAUUUGGAGCUGGACUCCAGGGUGCCUGUGGCAUCCGUAGCCCCCAAAGGAGGUGACCUGCCCAAUCCAUCCCCCCGAACCGUCCUCCGAGCCCCCCUCCACCCAGCAGCAGAUGCAGCAAAAGUCCCUGCGGACAUUGGGGUCUCUGCCAAGCCAGGGGCUUUCCCGACCCACGAGUCUGGGUCACAGGCGCUGAAACGACAGGCCGGUUUGCCCCUCUCGGCCGACCCGUCUCAAUCCCCAGACAGCCCCUGCCGUUCCAGCGGCCAGCCCAACUCCCCAUCCGAAUCCAGCACCUGCAGCAUCAUGAGUGAUAUCAAACCUACACCAGACCCAAAGGCCUGCAACUGGAAGAAGUACAAGUACAUAGUCCUGAACCCUCUCUGUGCUGUUAGCACGGUGAAGGAGGAGGAACCGGAGGAACAGCAAACGCCCAUCUCUGAUCAGACAGACCCGAAAACCAAAACUUCAGCAGAGGGAUGGCCUGGAGAAGUGCCUGGUCAGAUUGAUAGACAGGGGCAGGCCUCCUGCUACGAGGGUUCUGGCCGAGCCCCUCCCCUGGGGUCUCCCCCCUCUGUGGAACCCACAAUGGACCCGUCCAUGUACAAGGAGGAAUCAGUCUCACCUUGCUCCAUUUUCCCCAAGCCCUGCCUGGCUGAACCAGCAGCUGUCCAUCAUGGCCAACACACAAUUAAACAUGAGAGCUACUACACACAAUACUGUUAUUCUGGCAGCCUCGGUGGCACCAAAACUGUCUGCGCAGGUGACAAACCCUACCGCUGCAAUGUGUGUGGCGCUCAGUUCAACCGACCAGCCAACCUGAAGACUCACUCUCGUAUCCACUCUGGAGAGAAACCUUAUCGCUGUGACACCUGCAGCGCACGAUUCGUUCAAGUGGCCCAUCUCAGGGCUCAUGUUCUGAUCCAUACGGGGGAGAAGCCCUACCCAUGUCACACCUGUGGCACCCGCUUCCGCCACCUGCAGACCCUGAAGAGUCACCUGCGCAUCCACACCGGAGAGAAGCCCUACACCUGUGAGAAGUGCGACCUACACUUCCGCCAUAAGAGCCAACUUCGCCUCCACCUACGGCAGAAGCACGGGGCCAUCACCAACACCAAGGUCCGCUACAAGAUCCUGACCGAGCCCUACCAACCCAUCAUUCAGGCCUGCUGAGACGCCUUCACCUCCAGCUUCAUGUGUCAGCGUUGGUUUGUCAUCAGUGUCAGAGGCGGAUGAAAUCCGUUUCAUAGUCUGAAAUUAGACCCAUUUUGGAAGUACAUCUACUGCUUCACGUUCCAUUCGCUUUCCUCUGAAAAUGAACGCAACACUCAAACGAAUGGUGACUUUAUGAAAUUGACCCGCUGGUUAGGUAGACAUCUUAGAGUAAACUCCUAACUCCUGGAGGUGUAGGCGUACAAGUAUGAAAUGAUUAUGCAAUCGUUUAAAAAGAAAAUAUACACUUAUGAGAAGGUGCUUUCGAAGAAGGAGAUAGAGACACUUGGAAACAGGGCUAUUAUAGCGAGGCUGAUGGCGUGUGCGAAACACACUUGUGUGAAGACGUUUGCCAUUGAUUAGAAACUGUCAAAGAGAGGCUUGGAUGGUUUUCUACACUACAGUUGGUUUUGUGCAAUGUGUAACUGAGGGUUAGUGAAGAGAGAAAGAAGGGAACAAGACAGAUGUGGAGAGGAGAGUGAUACAUCUGUGUAGUGUACACAAUGUAAAGGUAGGUAAAUGGAUUGAAAGAUGGAUGAAGUGACGUUAGGGGACGGGAGUGGUAGCGACAGAAUGAGCAAGUUAUUUAAAAUGCUGGACUUUAAGUAGGAUGAGACACCUAAUUUUAUCAUGUGAGAUUUAAAAAAGAACGUUGAAAUGAAAUGUCAAGGCCAGGGGUCUUCUGCGUGCUGAAAAACAAAAAUCAGGACUAGUGAGUAGUUUUAAUUUUCCUUCAUAUUUAAAGAGAAAGUCUGUUAAUGUAUGUAAUUGGCAUUGUGUUGAAUGGUAACUGUAUUACCAGGUCCAAGCAGGCAAAGGACUUUGUUGUCUUGUACAGAAAAAGUGUGGAAUAUGAAAUGUGUUUUGUCUUUUUUUUCCAAGAGACAAAAAUGUUGAUAAGGCAACUAGAAGAAAUGGGAAAAGGGACGGAUUUGUAUGGAGUUCUUUUGCUGGACAAAGAAUGGGUUUUAUACACUUUAAAUUAAAUAAAUCAAAUCAUUUUGAA